UAGAUUUUACUUCCCUCCAUCAAUUAUGCUAACUUCUCAACUCAUGGCGCUCAUCCCACCAGCUGGGUGUGCACGAUUAACAGUGUCUCCGCCGGCGCUUCUUAGAGUCCGACGCCCCAGUGUUCCUAACACUUACGCGGCCAUCUCCAGCCCAACUCGGACAGCCGGAGACGAUGCGGUGGACUGGGUUGAGGCAACGUCUAGUUUCUUCCAAAAAGAUUCUCGGCCCAUCAUGUUAUUCGACGGCGUAUGCAACUUAUGUAACGGAGGUGUGAAAUUUGUCCGUGAUAAUGAUCCACAAAGGAGAAUCAGAUUUGAAGCGCUACAGAGUGAAGCAGGCAAGAAACUGUUAAGAAGAUCUGGACGAGCUGCCGAUGAUAUUUCAAGCGUUGUAGUGGUUGAAAAGGACAGGUCUUAUAUCAAGUCAGAAGCUGUAUUAAAGAUCAUGGAGUACAUAGACUUGCCCUUCCCGCAGCUUGCAUUUUUCCUUCAGUUUGUUCCUCUUUUCAUCCGAGAUUUCUUCUAUGACAACGUUGCAAAUAAUCGUUACACAUUUUUCGGUCGCUCUGAUACAUGUGAACUGUAAUCUUGCUGGUACAAGUAGCGUCGCUACUGCAAGUAAUGACUGUUUACAUCAAACAAUACAGUCCUAUUAGCUGAUAAACUCUUUCUGGUCUAUCCUCUGUAAUAAGAUGAAAUGCCCAAGAAAUAUGCUGUUGUUUGGAUUAUCAAAAGUAGCAAAACAAUAAUGCUAUAGGGAUCACCUUCGUUACUUUCUUUCAAAA